AUGAAAGCCAAUCCAACUGAGUUGAAUAGAAUGGACGAACAAUCGGACGACGACUGCAUUGGACGUCUCUUGCGGACAUGCGCUUCAUUGACGGACAAGGCCUUGUCGGCCAAUAUCUUGACGGCUCCGGAUGAUGUGUCGGAGGACCAUAUUGACGCCGAUAUAGAGCGUGAAACCGCUAUAUCUCGAUGGCUUGAUCGGCAAUUACUAGAGUACGAGUCGCGCCUGAAGACGCUCAGGAACACUGGCAGUACGGCAUUCCCAGCGAAAUCCUCCCGUGGCGUCGUGCAACAGCAAUUGGUGGAUGCCUCGAUCCGAAUACAACAAGAACACAUGCUUUUGGAAAGAAUUAUGCGAUCCAGGACUGCUCGAAACGUUGCCUUCUCGAAGGAACCGACGCCCGACGAUCUGCUUCUACAGCAAGCCCAGCAAGUCUGUCAACGUCAAGUCCAGCGCGCAUUGGAAAAGAGCCGCGAGCUGGAACAGGUACAGCAAGAUGUGAUGACGGCUACUGAGGACAGUCGAAGAAUGCAGACAGAGAGUCGAAGCUGUUGGGAGAGUCUAGUUCGAGAAGGAGAAGAUGACGUGGUAAUCUCUAAUGCAUCCACCAAGGAAUCCAAGGACGAGCGGCAAUUGCGUGUUCUAGGAAGGGUUCUGGUAGACCUUGUCACGUCCAGCAAUAUCGAUUGGUAUGAAGACGACAAACUUCAGGAAAUAAUGCAGCGAUUGGAGCAACUCGACCAUAGAUGA